AUGCUCAUAGUCCUAAGAGAAGGUUCCUCCUUGACCUCAUCAAUGGAUGGCUCGUUCUCGUCUCAGGACGAACGCACCACGUCGUCAUUGGGGAUGCGUGCGGAUAGGCCUGACAGGUCCUCCCGCUCUCUUCUCGCUCGAGGAAGUCGGAUUCUCCGCCGCCAAGGUAGCAAGGUCAACAUCGUCGCCACGCUGGACGAGGAAGAUGAGAAUGAUCGUGAUAAGCCCCGUGAGAAGGAUAUGUUUGGUCGCCGAUCUCGACAUGUCGAACAACAAGAUCGGCUGAAGAGCCUCAUUUCCGAUCCAUUUGACUUUCAUCACCUUACCCAUACGAGUCCGGCACAGUUUCAGUCAUUGGAUCAGACCCGGGAGAACGAUCUAUGCACCGAAUUCUCCGUGAUUCGCGCGUCUCAGCGGCCCGAGACCGGUCUCAAGGGGAUCCGAGCCACCGAUAUCCACUUCCGCAACUUCUCGACUGAUGACCUCGCCGCAUAUGGCACGGCCACCACUGUGGAUGAGCCAUCUUGCAGUCCACCAGCCUCCCCACCCGGUUCCAUCAGCCCUGGCCAUAUUCGACGGGAGUCUCGUGUCGGUGAGAACUUCUCGCGGCCUGUUCCCAGAUUCCCUCGAGCUUGUCCCACAACUCCACCUUCCGUUACUCCGGAGAUUCCUGACGCAGAGCCGGCUCCGCGUGCCAUUGACGAGAUCCUAGGAUUGACCACGGCAACCACCUACCCAGAAAAUAUCCACACCGCACCCUCUAUCCGUCGGGAUUCAGCAGAUGAUCUGUCGGCUCGCACAUCUUCCAUCAGUAGCCACUAUGACCUUGCAGACGUUCCGGAAGAGGAAGAGGCAACUCGCAUGUGGGACAGUCCUGAGGCUAGCAUUGGCUACGCCCAUUCUCGUUCAACCUCGCAACAGAGUCAGCCCACCGAAGCCUAUCACUCAUCCACUGUCAAGGCAUCCAAGGCGCCACUAUCAAUCUUCGUGGCCGAGCAACUUUCAAGGCAAUUCUCCGAGGCCCUGGGCUCACCGACUCUACCACAGAACCUCCCCGACAGUCUGCCUAAAACUCUACCCAAAAGCGAGAUCACACCGCCAACUUCGGGUGUGAACCAGUUCUCGUAUGAGGACGAGUUGUAUGACUCGUGGGAUGCAGAUAUUGACUACUGCUAUGAGCACGCGGCAGAGUCUACCUGCAACUUUGAUUGGUCACGCACUUCUCUGGAGGACACUCAGCGUCCUAAGAUCGGGGUGCCCUCUCCGAAUGAGGCCUGGCUCGUGGCCCCAAAGGUUCGGCAACUCCAGCCAAGCCCUUUGAGCACCUCCGCAUUCCCCACUCCGGAUCUGGAUUCCAGCCCAGCCCGGUCGACACCACUGCACUUGGCUCAUACCCCAUCGACAGCUGAGUAUGAGGGUGAUUUCAUUGUUCGGAACACGGGUGACUACUUCCAGCCUGUCAGCUCCUUGUCGGGGUUGAAGCAGAUCCCCCCGGAUACCCUGUACGAAGACUACCUCAGCACUGAUGCAGAAUCAGAUCGGCACUUUUCUUUCUCUCAGGGGAUAGAUAACCCCGUCUCUCCUCGGAGUAGCUUCUCCCCCAUUAGCAAGUGCAAUUCUCAAGAGAGCUUGAUGCUCUCUCGCGCGGCCUCUAUCGCCCGCAAGCACCGUUCCUCUGUCUCAACGACCAGCGUGCCAGAGUUGAUCCACAGUCUGUCUAGCAGUCGCGAGCUGAUGCCCACUGACCGUCUGACCGCCGGCGAGACCUUGGCCGCCGGAUCAAGCAUCAGCCGUCCACCUUCUACCCACCGCCAGACCAAGAGUCCGGCCGAAUCCUACCUACUGCUCCAGGGCAAUGUUGGUGAUCUACCGUCCACUAUCGUUCAUGACAAGGAGGAUAUCCGGCCUGUCAAAGAGUCCCUCCCUGCGGUUCCAUCCAAGCAUCCAAGCCGCAAGAAGAGCCGCAACCCCUCUUACUCUCUUUUCCCCACUGGCGCCCACUGA